AUGGACUACAGCCAACUGCCUGAGGAUAUAGUAGAGCAGAUAGCAAGCCACCACUUGCACAUCUUUUCCCAGCUCAUCGCCUUCUCCCUCGUCUGCCGAUCAUGGAGAUCCGCCGCUCUUAGGAGGCGCCGUGACGCCCUACUAUGCCUUCCUGGCCUCCUCGUCUUAACCACAAAAUCAGCCGCCGCCGCCACCGCCACAGCCGAUCCUUCCGGAUUCCGAUCCGCUUCAUCUCUCCACUGGAGGCCACGCCCACAUGACUUCCUUCCGCUCACCAUGCUAAGCCAUCGUAAUAAUGAUCAACAACAAAUUAUGCUCCCCUCCGUCGCGCUCCCUCACUUCACAUCGCGAUCUUCCCACAUCGACCGUUUCGAGGGGAAAAUCAUCCAGCACAAACACUACGUGGCGUCAAAAGACGGGUGGCUCCUCUCAUCAUCCCCGCUUCCACCUUUUCGACGAUGA